AUGUGCAUUCAUUCAACAUUGAUCUCAAAUUGACCAAUCAGCAACGUCAUUCAUAACCCAAGAACCCCAUAUAUAUAUCCAAGUCCACAGACAUUAAGCCUCGGAAGAAUCAUAAGUUACCUAAGUAAUUAAGAAUCACCAAAAUUACAAAUUCCAUCCUGCAGGUUGCUUAUUCUGGCAGCGGAAUACCCCCUACAAAACCUCCUAGGAGCGCCUGUUAUAGGUACUUACCUACGUCAGGACAAUGGUCCAACCAAUCUCACCUCAAAAAAUCCCACGCCUCCCACGACAUCCCCAAUCUACCUCGACUUCUGGCUCUUCGUCGCCCACCGCCGCAGCAGCCCGCUGGCAAGCAGUCCUAACCCGCGACCGCAACGCCACCACAUUCGUCUACGGUGUCAAGACCACCAAGAUCUACUGCCGCCCGUCAUGCCCCUCGCGGCUCGCCCGACGAGCAAACGUCGAGUUCUACGAUACGCCCUCGCAAGCCGAGCGCGGCGGGUUCCGACCAUGUAAGCGCUGCAGACCGCAGACUCUAGAGGUGCUAGUCAACCCACAGGAGCAGGUGAUCCAGCGAGCAUGCGAGACAAUCCGGGCGGAGGUUCGCGCUGGGUCGAAACCACCGACGCUGCUUAACCUUGCUAGCGACGCAGGGCUCACGGCGAGUCAUUUCCAUCGCGUGUUCAAGAAGGUCAUGGGCGUUACGCCGGGGAAAUAUACCGCCGGGGUGAUGGAUCUAGAGAGGCGGGUUGAUGGCUAUACUACCACUACUGCUCCUAUCUACUCCUAUGACUAUGAUUAUAAUUAUGAGUGGGGCUAUGGUCCUGGUUGCAGUUCCGUGGGGACAUUGGUGGUGCAUGGUGGUCAUGAUGAUGAUGGGGUGGUUCGAGAUGAAAACAUACCUCCUCUUCCUACUACUACUACUACUACUUCUACUUCUUCUCCGUCUGUCUUGCUGUUUCAGCCUAUCCUACAGGGCGAGGCUUUGGUGGGUGGAUUUGAGGAGGUUGGUGCUGUGGAUGUCGCGUCGUGGAACGAUUUCGAUGCUUUGAUAGCCGCGGAGGCUGAGUAUGUAUCGUCUGAACGAGGGUUAAAUUCAUUACCUGUGGGUUUUGGGUUGUCUGAGUCUGAUUUUCUAGAUCAUGUGGGGUUUGGCGAUGGAGGGGUUUCAUUUGUUGGAGGGUUGGCGCGUGGGGAGAUGCUUCCAAGGCCUUAAGUUUAAGGGGUUCGGACACCUAUACUUGAUUUUUACAGAUAUUUAAGGUAAGAAUAACGAUGCCCAUGUAAGUGUUAUAUUGUUCCAUCUAGCGUUUUAUUGGUAUCUGUCUUGAUAAUAAAUAUAGAUUAUCCCAAGACUGUGCCGCAGUUGCGAAUAAGAGCAGGGUGUAAGAUAUAUAUAACUGAAUCUCUGAUGCCCUUAGUAUAUUAGGUAGCUACCAGAUAAUCAUUGGUAACUUGAACAGCAGUACUCCAUAUUUUAAGUAUGUAGGUACGGAGUAUCUUCAGUAGUUAGCUAGCAACCCUUACAUAUAAAAAAAAAAGAAAAAUUGGUUCUAAAAAUGC